AUGGGGGCAGGGGCAUCGAUUCCGGGGGGGGUAGAUCCGGCACUGUCUGACGCGGGAAAGGCUGCACUACUCACACAUCUUCAGGCAGAGUACGUCGCGAAGGCGUCAGGGGAAGGCGCGGACGACAAGAGCAUCCUGGACUCCCUCAAGCAAAGCUAUACAACCAAGGUCAAGGAGCUAGAGGAAGCGGAGAAGAAUGGCAGCGAUGCGUCCGACACGGAAAUCGCGGCAACGGCCGCAGCGUUCUCGGAGAAGUUUGGCGGUGGCGGAGCAGAACCUGUGGCCGGUGGCAAGACAUCGGAGUUCAGGAAACGCCGACUUUCGGUUACAUCCACACAGGCGGUACCAAAGGUUGCCGUCGCGGAGUCACGUCGUCAGAACUCCAUAGCCAUGUACACCAGCCAGGAGAUCGGCGCGGCACCGGACACGGUUCCCUUGCCGUUUCCAGACGCCAAGCGGCCCCGUAAUAUCAUGCAGGUGGGGACGUACUCGUGCCACGGCGUGGAGCCCAGCUACAGUACCGGUGGGGACGACGACGACGGCGUGACUGCCAAGAUCAACCAGGACAGGGGUUGCGUGGUGUACCCGUUCAACGAGGACCCCAAGCACGCCCUCUUCUCGGUGUUCGACGGACACGGAGAGCACGGGGAUGUGGUGUCCAACUUUGUGAUGCACGAGCUGCAGGCGUGCUUGGCGGCGCACCCCUCUCUGCUGGACGACCCCGCCAAGGCUCUCAUGGAGUCUUACGUUAAGGUCGACGAGUCGCUCGCCGCGUCGAAGGGGGAAGAGGCGACUUUCUCGGGAACCACGGCGGUGUCGGUGCUCAUGCGGGAGAACAACCUGUGGAUCGCCAACGCGGGGGAUAGCCGCGCCGUGCUCGCUCAUGAGGACGGGGCUGAGCUUAAGGCGGUCGAUCUAAGCGUGGACCAGAACCCGAACUCCCCGAAGGAGCAGGCUCGCAUUGAAGCCGCAGGAGGGUUUGUCAGCCCCCCUCCCGAGCCAGGGCUCAGCUCGAGGGUUUGGCUCGACGCUGCCAUGACUCAGAUAGGGCUGGCCAUGGCACGCUCCAUCGGAGACCACGCGGUGAAGUCUAUUGGGGUGGUGGCGGAGCCGGAGGUGACGACGCACACGAUCGCGUGUAUGGUCAGUUUACACUGGCUGUGCACCUGGGUAGACCGCCGCCAGAGCCAGGACCGACGCAAACGUUGUACCUUGAAAGCACCGCGUAGGUUUCUUGAACACUUGAUUGAGAACAUGGGUAGCUCAGGUUCUCACAAAACCAAACGGACAUGUGUACAGGCUGGGGACAAGUUUAUCGUGCUGGCUUCGGACGGCGUGUGGGAGUUCGUAAAGAGCCAGGAGGCCAUCGACAUCGUCAACACCAGUUUGGAGGAGGGGACGAUGAAGGCGACGCAAGACCUCAUCGAGGCCGCGGCGACCAAGUGGCGGGAGGUGGAGGGGGACUAUCGCGACGAUAUCACCGCCGUCGUCAUCCGCCUGCCAUGCUUCCCCGAGUGA